UGUAUGAGAUAGCAGAUUCCAACCACAAUUUGAUUGGGAUUGUUAAAUCCGGUUGUCUAAAAUGUUGGAUUUCACAGAUCAAUUGGGGCUGUAGAUUGCUAGUGUAUGGUAACAAUCAGCAGAUCUGCAGACCGUUUCUACUAAACUGAUGAGUCUUACAAAUUGGCAGAUCUGUAUUUGCUGAAAAUGAUCUGCAAAUCAAUGAAAAAUAUAUUUAAUGUAUGGGAGCAGAUUUUUGGAUGGGGAAUCUUUAAAUCUGGGAAAAAAUCUCUGGAUCUGCAAUUUUUUUUUCUAAUUGCUGGUGUUUGGAGGCCUUUAUUCUGAGACCAGAGACGAUUUCAUGCAGUUUAUCCCUACACAUGCGACUCAUAUAAUCAGUGUCAUUAACACAGCUGGGCUCUGGAAGGGAGAACCUUUAAAUACUUUCAGUGUCUGAGGCUGCAGUCCUGCUGUUUGUGAAAAGAUGAGAGGACAAAGAAGGAGGAGAAGAGGCAAUGGAAGAGCCUUGAGUUCAAGGAUGGUUGUUAACUCAAGGAAUCCUGUGAACACUCAAAACUCAGACCGUUCGAGUUUUGGGUGUGUAACACAACCAUGCUCUCAGCGUGAGAGAAGAGGAGAGAGAUACAAGUGGCGUGUUAGGAAUAUGAAGAAAAACCAUGGACAGAUCAGUGUUUAUGGGUGGGAUAAUGAGAAAGUGGUAAGACAAAAUGGAAGACUACAGAGACCCCAUCAGACCAAACAAGAAGCCAAAGCAGAGCCUAAACCUCCUGCAGUGUUAAAUACCCACGGUAAAAUUCGCCAACGAAACUUCCGAUUCUCCAUUGCGGAGAACAUGGUCCUUAUUUCUAAGCUAGUGCCAGUUUAUGAGCAGUUAUUAGGCAGACGGAAACCCAGGAUGCCCUUACUCUGGAGGACCCAGAUGUGGGAAGAAAUCUGUGAUGCUGUAAACCGGGUGGGAAAACGACAGCGGUUUGUCAACCACUGUAAGAAACGGUUCAAUGACAUAAAGCGUCAGCUGAGAACUAAACUAAAUCUGGAGAAACGUACAGUCCGUAAUAAAGAUGGACUUUUUACCAGAGAUGUUUACUACACCAAGUAUGAGGAGGAGCUUAAAAAAGUUCUGCCGGCUGAAGUCAUUGAUGGCAUAGAGUUUUAUGAUUCUAACCAACCUCUUGAACCGCUCCUGGAUGAUGGUCCUUUGUGUUCACAACAUGAUGAACAAGAGUUGCCACUGACCAGAAAUCCCUCAUCAGACUCUAAGCUGCAGUAUAACUCUGAGUCUGGACCAGUACAUGCACCAUUACACCUCGGAGAUCUCCUAGAAGAACAAUGGCACAUGCUGCCAGAUCGCUGCCCUACGUACACUGUUGAGUCUAGGACCCUACUCCCUGGGCCCACAGCCCCACAUCAUGGACUAUUAAGAAGAUCUAAAUUCACGAGAGGACAACGUUCACCGCAUCCUUCUCCAGCCACUCCCACUCCUUCUGCCCAACCACCUUCUAAACAGCUGAAGAUCCUGAAAGCCACACAGUGGCUGUAUCGCAAGGGCAUAAUACACAAUUUAAAUGUCCUGCACUUGGACAUUAACCAGCUCACUGACAGCAUCGCUAAAAAUAAUCUUAUCGCUAAGAAUAUGCUAAAGGCAGAGAACCAAAGGAACCGCAUACUGCACCAGAUGAAUAACAAAAUCGGUGCCGUUGCUGAAAGCAUACAGCUGUUGGUGAACCAGCAGCAAGCUGAGCGCAUUCUAUGGAGUGACGGACCGCGGAGACCUGGGAAGAAGGAACGGGCGUCCUCACUGAGAGGUUCCUCUGUAACUACUGCUACAUUCGCCACGGCUCCUCAGUCCAGGGAUGUGCGUAUAACCUCUUCAUCCUUGGUGUGCAUAUCGGAUGCAGGAUUCCUCCCUACUACAGAUGAUACAGAAGUAUAUUGAAUGAUGCUGGAAAGUUAAUUUACCCAAAUAGAUUAUUUUUUUGUGUUCCAGUAUACUGCUCGUUUAAUAACUAAAUACUGUAGGUUAUGUGCAAAGAGAUUUUUUUGUUCUCCUUUCAGCUGUAUAACUACAGUAUGCAUAGUCUCUUUUUGGACUCUAUGUAAUCAUUAAAAGGCAUUUGGUGAAAAUAGUUUAUUUGUUAAUAACACAAGGCUGCAAUGUAUUGCUGUGAAUGUUUAAUAAAUGUUACUGAAUUUAUGAGAA